AUGGCGACCGUCGUCAAUGGCACUGUGCUCAUUCCAGCACUCAAUGGCACCCUCAUCAACAAAGACGACUGUACGAUUGGCGUGUGUUCAAUGGACUAUGCACAGAUUGAAUACAUCCCGACCUACGGCGGCAACCUGACAUACUGCAUCAUAUUCGCCGUGUUCCUACUCGCACAGAUGGGACUCAUGUGGAGGUAUCGCACGACUGGCUUCUUUGUUGGGAUGUUCUGUGGCCUCCUUCUCGAAGUACUUGGCUAUGCCGGUCGUAUCACCCUCAGUGGCAACCCAUUCAACUUUGACCAGUUUGUCCUGUAUCUUGUGUGCCUCACCAUUGGCCCGGCAUUCCUUACAGCAUCCAUAUACCUCUGCCUUGGUCGCAUCGUUAUCGUCUACGGUCAAAACAUCUCACGCUUCUCUCCGAAAUUCUAUACUCUCACAUUCAUGGUGUGCGACUUCAUCAGUCUCUUGCUCCAAGCUGUUGGGGGAGCUUUGGCUGCCACACAGGAUGCCAACGACCCGUCCCGCGAUGGUGUCAACAUCAUGAUUGCCGGUCUUGCCUUCCAAGUCGUCAGUCUGACAAUCUUCAUCGCACUCAGCAUGGAGUUCGUUUACAGAGCACGCAAGGCAAGAGAAAGCGACCUCAACUUCGACUUCUUCAAUCUCAGAAAGCGCACCAUGUUCCGCAUUCUCCCUUACGCCAUCGCCGUUGCAACCAUCACAAUCUACAUUCGUUGCGUCUUCCGUGUCGCAGAGCUCAAGGAUGGGUUUGGAGGAGAGCUGGCCAACAACCAAACCGCAUUCAUGAUCCUGGAAGGUCCGAUGAUCAUCAUUGCAACGAUCGCCCUGACUGUGUGUCACCCUGGAAUCGCAUUCGGUAGUGCUGCAUCCUGGGCGGCUGCAAACUGGACAUGGAAGAAGAGCAACAAGAGCGAUAACAACCAUAUCAGAAUGGUGAGCCAGGAGACCGCAACACCCUCGAUCGCUGAGAGCGAGCUGAACGACAUGAAAUCCCGAGUAUGA